AUGGAUAUGCAGCGCAUCCUCUGCGUUAGCGACGACCAUCUAAACGAUGCGGUCGGAUAUUUCAUAUACCAGCUUCUCCAGAGCACUGCGGAAGACUUUGCCAAGCAGGCGGGUGUUCCUAACAACUCUCCAUCGCUAGAUGCGGAAAUUCAACAGUAUUACCGCAUCAUGACUAACCACGCCAUAACCUUCCCAGAAAGCCCCCUGGUCCUUGGUAUGAGCCUGUGGCUAAGCCAUUUUGACCGCUCAGCGGCAUGGUCGCGCAACCUUUCCGAAGCCGGUCUUCUAGCCGUAUGCGACAACUUCCUCGACAAGCACCCGUCCAUCGCUUGGGGGCAGAGUCAGUUUCGGGACUUCUUUGCCUGCUUGGGCAUCAAGUGCUACCUGAAUGAUCCGAGCCAGCCUUUACAGAUGGGGUUGGAGGCUAUACUAGAUUCAUGGGAGGACAAGGGGCCAACCAAUUUGGCCAUGUUUGCUGCGGCAUUGAUUCCUGGGGCGUUUCGAAAGGAAUUCUUUGCCGAUAAAAGGUGA